AUGGCAAGCGCUUCGUUUCAGCUGCCUUGCGCAUCGCAAAGCGUCGGUGCAGUAAACAGUUUGGUGUCCACAUUGGUUCAAACACUGCUCACAGCACAAUGUGCUAUUUCGACUAAGUCCGAUUGGCCCAAGGAUUAUGGCGACAUGGCGUUAAAGGAUGGACUUGGCGAAUACGAUUUCAUCGUUAUCGGCGCCGGUUCAGCCGGUUCGGUGGUGGCCAGUCGGCUGAGUGAGAAUCCCAAGUGGAAAGUGCUGGUGUUGGAAGCUGGCGACGAUCCACCGCAAGAGUCGGAGGUGAAAACAGUCCCUUUAUAAGCAUAUUUUCUUAUUCAAGUCAGGUAUUUAUUGUAGAUCCCCACCUUUACUGUUACCAUGCAGCAAAGCCGUCACAGCUGGCACUACUAUUCCGAGCCACUGCCACACAUUUGCCAGGGGCUUAAGCACCGCCUCUGUUACCAUCCGCGCGGGAAGACAAUAGGUGGUUCGGGCGCAAUCAACGGAAUGAUCUACGUGGAGGGGCAUCGCAAGGA